AUGGAAGAGAAGCUCCAGGCGCAUCAGGUGGAGAUCGACCCGGAUUUCGAGCCGCAGAGCCGGCCCCGCUCGUGCACCUGGCCGCUCCCGCACCCCGACUUCGCGGAGGACGACGAUGGGGGAUCGGCGGGGGCCCCCCCGGCUUUGGCUCCCGGCCCCGCGGACGGCCCCGAGCACGGAGGGGGGGUCCCGGGGGAGCGCAGAGCCCCCGCCGCCGCCGCGCCGCCGCCCCCCGGAGCCGACGUGGGGCAGCUCCGAAAGGCCAAAACCUCCCGACGGAACGCGUGGGGGAACCUCUCCUACGCCGACCUCAUCACCAAAGCCAUCGAGAGCGCCCCGGAGAAGCGGCUCACGCUCUCGCAGAUCUAUGACUGGAUGGUGCGCUACGUCCCCUACUUUAAGGAUAAAGGAGACAGCAACAGCUCCGCCGGAUGGAAGAACUCCAUCCGGCACAACCUCUCCUUGCACACCCGCUUCAUCCGCGUGCAGAACGAGGGCACAGGGAAGAGCUCCUGGUGGAUGCUGAACCCCGAGGGUGGCAAGACGGGCAAGACGCCGCGCCGGCGGGCAGUCUCCAUGGACAACAACAGCAAGUUCCUGCGCAUCAAAGGCAAGGCCAGCAAGAAGAAGCAGCUGCAGGUGACGCCGGAGCGUGGGGACGACAGCCCGAGCUCGCAGCAGGCCAAGUGGUCAGAGAGCCCCGCGUCCCACGCCAGCGAUGAGUACGACGCUUGGGCCGACUUCAGGACCAGAGCCGGCUCCUCGGCCAGCACGCUGAGUGGGCGCCUCUCGCCCAUCAUGGCCAACCGUGAGCCCGACGAGCUGGAGGAGGACGAUGGCACGCCGUCCUCCCCGCUGAUGUACCCCAGCCCCUCCAGCACCGUGUCCCCCUCGCUGAGCGCCCGCUGCUCCGUCGAGCUGCCUCGACUCACCGACCUGACCGGUACCAUCAGCCUGGGGGAGAGCCUGGGGGAGAGCCUGCUGGAGGACCUGCAGGACGGCUACAACAUGAGCCCCUCGCAGCCGCUGCCCCUGCGCCAACGCAGCUCCAGCUUUUCCUUCAACUCCAAGUGCUCCAGCAUGGGGCCGGCCGCCAACACGUACUGCGGGACCAUCUACAGCCAGCCGGCGCUGGGGCUGAUGCGGCGCCUGCCCAUGCAGACCAUCCAGGAGAACAAGCAGGCCACCUUCUCGCCCGCCGCCUCCUACCGCAAUGCCUCCUCGCUGCAGGAUCUGCUCUCCUCCAUCUCCUACGCGCACAAAGAGAGCAUGGUGCCGGGGGAUCUGCCCCCUCCACCGCCCGGCCCUGCGGUGCCGUCCCGCGGCCACAGACAGAGCCCACUGCUGUGCGGGGAGCAGGGCAUGGCCUACCCAGCCCACCCGGCCCCUCUGCUGAAGGGCAGUGCUCUGUACCACCCACCGCCCGCCGGCCACCACCCCGCUCUCAAUGCCAGUGCCUUAGCCAACCCCGUCAGCCUUAUGAGCCUGCCCGGUGACGCGUGCGGCGCAACGGCCAUGCCGCACCACGGGCACCUGCACCCUUACGCCGCCAACCAAGGGGCGCACAUGAGCCUGCUGGAUUCGCCCUACGCGGGGGCUGUCCACCCCCCGGUGUUGGGUCAGGACAGGUUUCCAGCAGACCUGGACCUGGACAUGUUCAAUGGGAGCCUGGAGUGCGACGUGGAGUCCAUCAUCCUGAAUGACUUCAUGGACAGCGAUGAGAUGGACUUCAACUUUGACUCAGCACUCCCGCCGCAGAACGCGCUCAAUGUGCCCACGCUGCCCGGUGGCCCGCAGCCCACGAACCAGAGCUGGGUGCCCGGGUGACCCCCGCCUGGCGCCCGCCUCCGGGAUGUCACCAGGGGAACGCUGAGACAAACUUCUUUUUUUUUCCUUUCUCUUCUGCCUUUAUUUGUUAAGAUGGGCUAGAGCCAUCGGGUCAAACUUGUGAUGAAACACAAACCUUAGGGUCCUGGAUGGAGAUGGGGUGGGCGUCGGGGGCAGGCAGGAAGGGCAGCAGAAAGGGAACCCCUCCCCAGAGGGUCUGAGCACUAGUUUCAGCUUGGCCUGUCCUUGUGCCGGUGGCCCUUGGGCCGGGUGGAGGAGCAGGGACAGCUGGUGAUGUGGAGACUUGCUCUGUGCGUACUGCUUUCUGGAAUGGGGAACACUUUGCUUGGAGACACCUUAGAAAGUGAGUCCUCCAAGCAGCAGUGCCAGUAGAAGGGAGCCUGCCCCAGGCUGGGGGCUUCAUCACCUCCAAAACCCUUAUGGGACCUGAGCUCUGCGCAUGCGCCCAGGUCCUUCUGCUCGGUGCAGGGGCCAAGUGAGAAGGGCUGGUGAUGGAGGAAAGGGUGCAACAGCACGUGUGCACUGUGUGUGCCAGCGGUCGUGCUGCAGUGCUGUGAUCGUGCUGCAGUGCCCUGGUCACACUGCAGUGCCGUGCGCACGUUGCUGUGGUCACACUGCAGUGCUGUGGUCACAUUGAAGGCCACGCUGCAGUGUCACAGCCACGCUGCAGUGCCAUGAUCACAGUCUGUGUCAUGUUUCUGUUGCAGUGCCAUGGUCACUCUGCAGUGCCAUGGGCAGUCUGGCUGGCAGCUCUGUGUGCGGUGCUGGCGCUGCCUGCCUGGUGUGGGCUGUGCCGUGGUGUCAGUGCUGGAGCUGGGUGCCCUGUGCAUGAGCCGGGGGCAGUCCCAGGGUUGGGGAGGGGGGGUGUAUUUAUUUGAUUUCAUGCACUCUUUUGCCAUUGAGUUCUUGCGUUGGAACGAAGGGUCGAGCUUGGGGAGGGGAGGAGGAGGCCACAGCAGUGCUUGUGCAGCACAGAGCUGUGUCCACCACCUGUCCCAGUCGGGCUGGGUGCUGGGACUGACAGCAGGAGCUGGGGGCUGCAGUGGGGGUUGCUCUGGGCAUCCAUGGGAUGCAGCAGGGCUCCUUCUGCUGAGCCUGCACGUUGUCUCAGCUCAGCUCUUCCCUGCUGGCUCCAGCAUCGCCUCCGCACCGUGCUGCUGGUUCUGCUUGGUGGUCCCACUGGGGCCUGUGGGUGGGCACCCUCUGUGCCUCCCCCAGCUCUGGGUUUGGCAGAGCAGUGCCACCAUUCACCUCUGGCCCGGGCACGUGGCGGGCGUAGUCUCUAAAGACAUUCUUACAGGUUAAUUAAUUAUGUUUACAUUAUUUGAUCAUGUACAGAAUUUAAUAUAUUCUAUUAUAUAUAAUCUUUCUCGAAUGCUUUUUUAAAAAAAAGGAUUAUUCUUUGGGUCAGGAUCAUCCGUUUUUGUACCACCACCUCUUGUUUCAGGCGUGUUUCAGUCAUUGGAAACU